UGGCAAGAUGGCGGCUCAUUGGAGGGUCUUUCAAGUUUUAGCUUGUUUAUUUUUGUUCUAUGGGUUGUACAUACACGCAAAUCUUCCGAGUAAAUGUCAAAUAUCAACAUACUCUAUCACAAAUUGGACAUGGAAGGUUAUUGGAAGCAAAAGGGAAUAUUAUAUCAAUGUCUGUGGAAACGCUAAAGUAAAAAAAAAAAGUUGUCCUUCAAAGGCUGCCGUUUGCUCGCCGUCAUCAGCUGAUAGUACUACUCUUCAGGAUUUAGGCUCUAAAAGACAGAUAAAUGCAACAAGGGAUUCAGGCUUCGAUUUGAUUUUUACUGGUGGACAAUGCAACGAGAUGGGAAAUAAUAAGGCAUGGGAAACCAACAUCUUUAUGAGAUGUGGAAAGUUUCUGGGAUCUCCUCAGUUUGUGGAUCUCUUUGUGGGAAAAGAGAAGUGUGUGGCUGUUUUUGAGUUUGUUACUAAUGAGGCUUGUAAAACAAAACCUGGACCAGAAAUUCCUUGCUCACUGUAUGGAACAGACAAGGAAAUAAUAGAUCUAACACCUUUGAUCAAAACAGAAGGUGGCCAUGAAGUUUCAUCUUCAGGUGGAAACUUUGUUUUUUACAUCAAUGUUUGUAGAGGAAUAAAACCUAAAAAAGAUGAUAACAUUCAUUGUCCAGCCAACAGUUCCAUGUGUAGAGUUGAUAAAAACCUUCAAAAACCUGAAGAUGUUGGGAGCAUCUCAUACACAAGUGGCCUUAUACUCAGAGACAAGAAUGACAUUGUCCUUGUUUACAACACAACAAAGACUGUGAGUGGCUGCCCAAAAAAUUUGAAUCCUGCUACCACGAUUACCUUCAGGUGCCCAGGCAGGAAUAGGGGUGGUAAAGGCCCAGUUUUGACAGAAGCUAGUUAUUGUGCAUUUGAAGUUCUUUGGGAGACAGAGUUUGCAUGUGCGAAGUCCAGUAUCCUGGAAACCACGAGCUGUGUCCUGAGCGAUGACUCUGUCCACUUCAAUAUGACAAAGCUCGCUGCCGCCAAAGAGGAUGACUACCAAGUUUAUUAUAAUGAUACUAGAGCUGGCUCCACAACUCAGUACAUAUAUUACAUUAAUGUUUGCCGUCGUCUGAGCUUUCCUUGCGAAGGAUCAGACUCAACGGUUUGCCAGGAAGUGAAAGAUGGAUCUUGGCGAAAGUCCCUUGGUAUUAUAUCAAAACAAACUCUACGCUAUGCUGAUGGACAGCUGUCUUUAACCUAUGAGCAUGGAUCUGCAUGUAGAAAUGGGCUCAAUCGAACAACCAUUAUCAUGUUUAUAUGUAACUACACAGCUGAGAUAGGCACAGGACCUGUUUUUAACAGUGAGAGCUACUGCUUUUACUACUUCAACUGGGAAACAAGAUAUGCUUGUCCACCUAGCCGUCGCACAGGGACUCAGUGUCGUGUUGUCAGCCCUUCGGGAGUACGCUAUGAUCUUUCUGAGCUUGUGCGCAUGGAAAAUUCCACCAACUGGAUUGCGGUGGAUGGAGAGAGUAUCAGUGCUAAAAGAAAUAUUUUGAUAAAUGUUUGUGGUCAUGUGACUGGCCAUCCUGAAGCCAAACAGUGUGAUAGUUCAGCAGCUAUUUGUAUGAUUGAUCAAAGCAAGGGAAAAGUAGUAAGCCUUGGGAAAUACACAGAACCACCUACUUUGAAUCCAGACAAUUCUAUCAAGUUGGUUUAUAUUCAGGGUAGUGAAUGCAAGAAGGACAAUGCAGGAAAGAGUGUAUUUAUAAGAUCCACAAUAACAUUUUUAUGUCAGACAGGAGAUUUGUCAAGUCCCCCUGUUCUGGUCACGCAUACAUCAGAUGAAUGUCAUUAUGAGUUCAUGUGGAGGACAGCUGCGGCAUGUUCAUUGGGUUUGAAUGUUGGCCAGGACUGCAGAGUGGAAGAUAAAGAUGCUGGUUAUGUAUUUGACCUUACUCCUUUGGCCAAAAAAACUUGGGGCCAAAAGGACUUUGUCACGGCUGUGAAUAAUAUAAAUUCACAAUACAAGUACCGAUUGAAGGUGUGUGGAGGGAGCAGUCAAAUGGGCUGUGUUGGUGCAAAUGUUUCCUCGUGCCAGAUUACACAACCAUCUUCCAAGCACAACUUUACACUGGGUCUGCAAAACAAAAAUUUGUAUUAUUAUGAUGGAAUGUUAAAUCUGACCUACCAUAAUGGAGAAAAGUGCCAUAAUGGAGUUUCUCGUAAAACCCACAUAACCUUCCUCUGUAAUCAGUCAGCAGUUAACAAUGGAGUAGGAGUUCCAGAGUUUGAGAAGGAGAAUCACUGUAUCUAUAACUUCAUGUGGUUUACAAAAUAUGCCUGUCCAGCAAAGGUUGUUGAAUGUGUUGCUAGGACAGAUGUUGCUCAGUAUGAUUUGACAAGUUUGGUGAGAACUUCAGACAACUGGGAGGCAGCAUAUGGUGCAAAUGGAAAGUUUUACAUCAAUGUUUGCCGUUCACUGAAUCUUGUACCAGGCUGUAGUGGAACAGCAGCUGUCUGCCUGAAAGAAAACAACAAGGUUACCAACUUGGGUUCUGUAUCAAACCCACCCACUGAAGGAGUAAACAAUGUCGUAAUUACGUACACUGAUGGAGACAAAUGUAAAGACAGGAAAUACCAGACAAAAAUCACUUUCCUUUGUGAAAAAGGAGAAGGGAGCUCAUCUCCUGAAUUUAUUAAAAUUGAUGAUGAUGGUUGCACUUACAUAUUUCACUGGAAAACAGCGGCAGGUUGUCCAAUAGAAAACGUUCAAGGCAGCAAAUGUACUGUGAGUGACCCCAAGUCUGACACAAUCUUCAAUCUUAUACCAUUAACGAAGAAGAACAAUGUUGUUAUGUACAGCGGAAAUAUGACUGAAAACAACGAACAAGCAACUUUUCAACUUAACGUCUGUGGUGCAUUGCCUGCAAAAACUUGUGGCGAUCGUGAGGACAUUGGUGCCUGUCUGAUUAAGAAAAAUGGCAAGAAAAUUGCUCUUGGGAAGAAAAGCAGGACCCUUUAUUACAAGGGUGAAAUCGUUACACUUAUAUACAGUGAAGGGGACAAUUUUGAAAGCACUGGGGAACAGAGAGAAGUUCACAUCAGGUUCUACUGUGACUCAAACAAGCCUUUUGGAGAGCCUACUUUCUCUGAGCGGGGGGGAAACAAGUACUUCUUUGACUUUCAAACAUCACUGGUUUGUUCUGCGUCAGCUGUGCAGUGUUUGGUGUCGGCUGGUGGUGUAGAAUAUGACCUCAGUCCCUUAGGGCUGACUUCUGGAAACUGGGAAGCAGUUGAUACCCGAGAAGAGAACAAACACCUUCACUACUUCAUCAAUGUUUGUCGUGCUGUGAAUCCAUCUGGAGAAGCCCUGAAAUGUCCAGGUGGACCUAUAGGCGGUUGUCAGAUCGAUCACAGUCAGAAGAAAGGAUUCAACUUGGGAUAUGUCCAAAGCAAUCCACAGAUCACAAGCAAAGGAGAGCUGUCCUUACAAUAUUCUGGUGGAACUCCUUGUCACAAGAAUCAGUUCAGCAGGAGUCUAAGAAUUGUUUUUUCGUGCUCAAAGCGAACGGGCUCUCCUAUCUUCAUGGCUGAAUCUCCAGAGUGUGAGUACCUAUUUUCUUGGGAAACACCCAGUGCUUGUCCAUUGACAAAAGAGGUUGGUUAUGACUGCAAAGUAGAGGACAAACAGUAUGGCUACAUGUUUGAUUUAUCUGUGCUCUAUAACAAAACAAAAGACUACAAUGUUAGUGUCAGAGGUGGAGCCCCUGGUGAAAGGAUUAUUUUAAAUGUCUGCAAUAAGUUGGUGGGAGGCCCAAAGGAAUGCCACGGAGAGACAGUUGGAGCGUGCAUUAUUGGAACAAAGAAAGUUGAAAAAGUUGUAUUGAACAAGAAUCUCACUUACUACAAUGGUCAAAUACAAACAACAUACGGAGAAAACCCAGCUAUAAACAUCACCUUUGAAUGUAACCAACAAGCGUUAGGGCUUGAUACAGGCCCGACCUGCGAAAAAAAGAGCAACACAUAUGACUGUCAUUGGCAGACACCAUUUGUUUGUAGGCCGAUGAUCAGUUUGCAGUGUAGUAUUCGAGAUGAAGAGAAAGAUACUGACAAUCAGUAUGACUUCUCCUCGCUGUCCAAGAGUGAUGGAAACUGGAGGGCAAAAGUCACGGGUCCAAAUUUGGAUGGUGUUUCUUUUUUCAUAAAUGUCUGUCGUACAGUGUUAUUGAAAGGUGCUGCCGCACAUUGCCCCCCGACCUCAGGUGUUUGUAUGGUCAAAGGUGGAACAUACUAUAACCUUGGAACCAUAAGGCACGGACCUAGGAAGAGAGAAGCUAAUAUUUACUUAGAUUAUGAGGAAGGUGGCAACUGCGGAAACGGGAAAAAAUAUUCUACACACAUACUAAUGAUCUGUGGAGAAAGAGAGGGAGGUUUGCCGGUGUUCAUAAACUAUAACGCACAAACUUGUGAGUAUAAUUUCCUGUGGACCACAAGUGAAGCAUGCCCGGUGAAUGAUAAAAAAGAGAUUACAUAUGACAACUGUACUGCAGUCAACCCCUAUACUAAGGUCUUGUUCGAUCUGAACCGACUAAGGAACAAAGUUAGUGACUACGAAAUGGCAGACAAGCGUGAUUACAAGUACAAGAUGAAUGUUUGUGGACCUUUAGUGAAACCUCCGAAAGGUUGCGGAGCAAAAUCUGGCGUUUGUCAAGUAGGGCAACAGACAUACAAUGCAGGAAUCUCCAACAGUCGCCUCCACUUUGAUGAUGGGAUACUAUAUUUAAACUUGAGCGGGGGAGAUCCAUGCCAUCAUGUGAAGAAAAAUCGCGAGACGAUUAUUCAGUUCGUGUGUAGUCCAAGUCAUGGCAGCCAAGACUUGGGGAAGCCUGUUUUCGUAUCUGAAAAUGACUGCACAUACUUUGUAGUUUGGCAUACUUCUCUUGUCUGCGAAAGGCAGUAUGAAUGUGCAGCCUUUCAAAAUGACAAGGAUGGAACAACAGUACAAUACAGUCUUUCGCGGCUCAUGCGCACGGAUGCUAACUGGGAGGUGAUACCAGAGGACGGUAAGAAAUACACUGCCUCUUACUAUGUAAAUCUGUGCCGCCCUUUGUUACCCAUGCCAGGAAUAAAUUGUCCAGCAGGCGCCUGGGCGUGUAAAGUCUGGACAAAUGGGCAGAAAAAUCAACAAUAUGAGGACCUAGGAAAAGCAGUCCAACCCCCAGUGGUAGUCAAGAGUAGAGAGGUGAAUCUUGUUUACACAAGUCCGACCACGUGCUCGAAAGAUCCUUCAAAAACCAUAGAAGUCCACUUUAAGUUUCGUUGUUCAUAUGGUGAAUUGGGUCAUCCUGUUUUGGAGUCAGAGGACAAGUGUACCAUUCAUAUCAGCUGGGCCACAGUCGCUGCUUGUCCUAACAUUCAGAAAGUAGAUCUUGAAAACUGCAGAGUGUUUGACAAUGGUACCGGACAAGUUUACUCCCUCAAGCCGCUCUUGAACUCUCCUGGUUCUCAUCAUUUCACAGUGGGAAAUGAAAAUGACCAUAAGUUCUUCUAUUUGUCCGUUUGCGAACCGUUAAAGUUGGAAAAGGGACGCUGCGAAGGCGAUGGAGUAUGCAUGGUUACGAAUAAUGUCACUAAGUCGUACAAAAGCCUGGGUCGGUACGAGCACAGAAGUAUGAGUUUCUUCAGGGAGGACGAAAUGUUGAUUUUGCAGUACUGCAAUAAAGAGUGUAAAGAUGCUGAUGUAAAAUCAAAAAUAACAUUUAUUUGCGACAGAAAUCAGACGAAUCGUGGGCAGCCACAAAUGCAAUCAUAUGGGAAAAACGGUGCAGAUUUUAUAUUCAGAACAAAUUUAGUAUGUCCUCCGCUUGAGCGGGUGUGCAGUUACAGUGAUUCCGGUACUACUUACGACCUGCAACUCCUAACAAGUCGAACAGGAAGCUGGAAUUACACAACGAGUCAUAAAGACAGAUUCUGGAUAAACAUUUGCAGAGGCAUCAGUGAUGGUCCCAAAGGUUGUCCGCCUUCUGCUUCAGUUUGUAUGAUAAGAGCAGGACAAGACAAAGUGAACGUACUCGGGCUCACAAGCACGCAGAUGAUCUCUUUUAAGGGUGGUAAGCUUCAGUUAACGUAUACAGGGCUACCAGUCGAUGGUUGCAGAGGAGGUGUGGAGUCCAAAGUCGUUUUCUAUUUUGACUGUGGAAAUCAUGUUGGUCAGCCUUCUUUAUCAAGAGAAGAGUGGCAAUCUUGCGUUUUUGUUAUUAACUGGAAAAGCUCGGUAGCUUGUAGAGUGGAAAGAAAAAAAAUUGACGAAAACAAUUGUGUCAUCAAACAUCCGGUCACGGGCAGAAGCAUUGAUUUGAAAAAGCUUGUGAAUGGAUCCGAAAGCACGUGGAGAGUUCUUGGACAAGACGAACAUGGUAAAGCAGUGUUUUAUUACAUCAACGUUUGUGGUAAACUUAAGGGAUUUAAAGAGUUACCAUCGAACUGUCAUGGAGACGAGACUUCAGUGUGCCGUGGGAAUAAGGAGUUUAUUGUGAUGCAUAAAAGUAUUUAUUAUGAAGACGCCAUUUUUUCGCUUGAGAUGACGGCAAGUGAUGGGUUCGUGCUUGUGAUAAACUUUCAUUGUUCAGAUGAGGAAGUGGGAAGUCCCAAAUUUGAUUACAAGUCGAGCAACAAGCAUCAUUUCUUCACUUGGACAACUUCCAUUGUUUGCGCGGGAGACUUGAGCCGCGACGUGACAGAUGUUCCUGAAGCUGGACACAAAACAGUCAAGUCUGCUGGAAAGAAAAACUUAGGGAUCGCAUUUGGUGUGGUUUUCGCCGUUCUCUUGAUCAUUGUGUUUGUUGUUGUUUUUUAUAAACCUUCCAGAAGGCAUCGAAUCAUUUCUUGUUUGAGGGUAAACUUCAAGACACAUGUUCUUCGCAAAGAGAUUAAAUAUCCGUCGUACAGAUAUCAAAAGCUCGAUGUCUCAGAUGACGACGAGGCGGAUUCUCUCAUUAAGAUAGCUGAGGGGAGUGACGACGAAGAACAAAACGACGAUGACGAUCUCUUACCAUUUUAAUCGGGGAAGACCGGAACAAGCUCUAAACUGCUGACCGCCUAUUACAGUAACAGUUGCAUUAUUGGGAAGGGAGGGUGAAGAAAGUCAUUUUAUGGUGGCGAGCGACAGGGUUCGAUUCAGCGGGAAGCCAGUCGCAGUGUUUGAAGUGCAAGUAUUUUUCACCUAACGAUAACAUUGCCGACAGUCGGUAGAUGUGUUUAUUGGAGGACUGUCUUUGAGUUAAGCUCCUUUCACACAAAUUCAUUUGAAAACGAUGUUUUACGAUACAAAAACGGGUAAAAUUUGUGCCGCACGUUCAUUCUUUUUCAUAUUCUUAAAAAAACUUCAUCAUCUACCCUGAUUAGGAAAAAAACUUAAAAACGAAACUGUGUUUGAAAGGGAGACAUAUGACAUAGUUAACAUGACAAUUAAAUGGAAGUGUUUUCGUCCAUUCAGUUAAUGAAAACUAGGAAUAAAAAAAGGAACGUGUUCAGAUUUAUCGUAAGAUGAAUUUCGUGACGUUUCGUCCGCAGAACAAAUAGACUGGCGUAUAACGGAAGGAGAUAAUGGCAUGAAUCCAUAUCGUGACUCAGAUUGAUAAAAAAAAUUUGAGUGAAAACUAAAGGAAUAGAAGAUUUUUUCAAAUGAGAAUGUAACGGUCAUUUUUAGCAAGGUCAUUUUUCUCGAAAAAAUGUCACAAAGAAAUUUGAAUGAAAUAAUAGAAUUCUAAAGUAAUUUAUUGCCACCUGUAGUGGUUAGACGUAGGUAGAGAAAUAACGAGAAGGAGAAAAAUCGACUCCAGGUAUUAUUAUUUUUUAUAAUGGGGCUUUCGUGUUUGUAUUCUCUGUUGAGUGAAUCCUCUACUGAGGUUUGUGUAGAUGCUCUGUCUUCGCAACAUGAAUCGAAGCCUGUUUCAAAUUGAAUUCCUCAGCACACGUUUGUCGGUUUGGAGAAGGAAACAUGAGUUGCAGGGUUAUUUGAUAAAUUAGGUGUGGCAAUCAGGAGAGUUUUAUUUAAUAAUCCAAGUUGUUGUUAAUGAGCCAAGAGUACAUUUUCCACUAAAUUAAUGUUUUAAGAGAA